AUGUGGGAAAAUUAUGUGAAAUCAAGGGGGGUGACAGACUUUGAAGGUCUUAAUCAGUUGGUGGUAGCGGACAAAAUCUACCAGACCCUUGAUACGGAAACUGCAGUACACAUAGGUAUAAGGCAGGGAGACUCGUGGUUCAAGCCAAGAGAGCUUGGAAAGGAGUGUGACAUAUUCUUUGCGGCUAAAGGGAAGUCCUACAACGUACGUAGGGAAGCUUGUGAAACUAAGAUUUUAAAUCAGGCAGUAGGUGAGAAACCUAAGGUCGAAGAAAGACGAGGCAGUCGGCAUACGUCAGAAACCAUAGGGAACGUUAAAGGUUUAACAUGUUUUGGAUGUGGUUCAGCUUCACAUUUUAAAAGGCACUGUCCUCAGAUUAAAGGUUCUAGGCAGUAUAACAGAAAUGAGGAAAAGGAUAAAGCCAGGGUAAACUGGGUAAAGAAAGAUCAGGAUAAUGAUAACCUAGAGGACAAAGUUGUGGUAGCUCGUGUGGAUCCUUUGAGGAAGUCAGGGGAUGUAAACGACUAUAAGCUGUGUGAGUUGAAAAGGGUUCCUAUUAGUGUGAAUGGAACAAUAGGGAAGGCCCUCGUUGAUUCAGGAACAGAAAUUACGGUGGUUAAGAAAGAGUUAACCAAAAGUCUCCAACUGAAGGAAGGAUCGAGUAUAUAUUUGAAAGGUAUAUUUGGUCCAGCUGUUAAAUGCCCUUUGGUAAGCAUUCCACUGAGUAUUACUGUAGGAGAAAGUGCCAAUGUUACACAUCAAGAGAUUUUGUGUGCAGUUGCAGAAUCGCUGGCAGAGGAUGUGUUGCUUCCUCCGGAAGUAUUCACCAUGUUAGGAGGUCGGUUAUAUGACACAGGUGAAGGGGUGGAAAACUUACCUGAAGAAACCACAAACAUCCCAGAGGUUAGGAGAAAGGAAAAGUCUGUGAAGGUAAACACAGGGAAACUAGAAGGAAACGCUAGUAUGGGAAGGAAUCUCAAUGAGAAAGGGAAGGUGGAAUCAAGUGAAAGCCAAGAACCUCAGCCAGGAAGACUAUGUACAGCGGAUGUAUUUAGAAGAGAGCAGGAGACUUGUGAAUCUCUGGUAGGAGCAUGGGAGAAUGCUCAGAAAGGAAAGGGGAAUUAUUAUACAGUGGAUAACUUUCUCUUUCAUAAGGACAAAAUUCUUGGGGAAAGUGUGGGGCAAUUAGUUGUACCUAAGAGUCGAAGGGAGGAAGUCUUGCAGUUAGCACAUUGCUCGGUGUUUAGUGGCCACAUGGGGGUAAAGAAAACUGUGGAGAGAAUUAGAUACUCUUUUUAUUGGGAAGGUCUGAGGUUAGACGUUCAGAAAUUUUGCGAGGCAUGUAAAGAGUGCCAGUUGACUAGACCAAUUAAAACUGUUGAUAGGACACCAAUCACCCCAGUAACGAGGCCAGAUCUGCCCUUCCAAAUUGUAAACAUUGAUGUGAUAGGUCCGAUUGAUCCUCCCAGUUCUAAGGGUCAUAAGUAUAUAUUAUGCUUAGUUGAUCAGCAUACCAGAUGGGCAGAAGCAAUACCUCUAACUAGCCUCUCCGCCAAGUCGACUUGUGAGGAGUUAUUACAUAUUUUUUCAAGAACGGGUAUUCCAAAUGUAAUUGCAUGUGACAAUGGAACAAAUUUUAAAGCAGAUUUGACUCAAGAAUUUGAGAGACGAAUAGGGGCCAGUCCUAAGUUUUCGACCCCUGGAUAUCCUCAAGCUAAUGGAUUAGUUGAACGGUUUAAUGGUACUUUAAAAAGAAUGUUGCAUCAUGUCAUCAGAGAAGAAGGUAGAGGGUGGCAUUUGCAAAUUCCUUAUGUGUUGUGGGCCUAUAGAGAAGUACCCAACUCAACAACUGGGGUGGCUCCAUUUCAACUCAUGUACGGCAGGACACCUCAGGGACCUCUGUCGAUAUUAAAAUCAUCAUGGACAGGGAAACAUGAAAAUUUACAAUUAGAUGCAACUCCUGUUUAUACAUAUUUACAAAAUCUAAAGGCUAGGUUUGAGAAGGCAGCGGAGCAGGCAAAGCUCACAGCUAAAAUUCAACAAGAGAGGACAGCACACUAUCAUAAUUUAAGGUCUACCAUAAAAACAUUUAAGGUGGGAGAUAAGGUGAUAGUCUUGAUUCCCGAUUCUAAUAACAAGCUUUAUGCUAGGUGGCAGGGUCCUGCAAAUAUAUUGGAACAGAGAAGUUCUCACUCAUUUGUAGUACAAAUGCCCGAUGGGACCAAAAGACAUGUCCAUCAGAAUAAGAUUAGACCUUAUGUAGUUAGAUCCCAAGCAGUAAAUGUUAUCUUGGAGGGGGAAGAAGAGUUUGGGGAAAUUGAAUCUAUACCUGUCAACAAGGGAGAAAAGAGUUUUUCUGAAUCUCUGGAAGGAUUAGAAAUGUCUAAUUUAGAUUCAGUCCAAAGGAGUAAACUUUUAGGGCUACUGAGGAAAUAUCAAACAUUAUUUACACGUCCAGUGCAACCAGCACGAGUAGGUACACACACAAGAUCGAACUUAUUCCUACUGCUAUUAGGAAGAAACCCCACUGCUAUGGAAUACCCAUGGCAUACCGCAAAGCAGUAG